UUCUCACCAUUGUAUUGUAGUCCUCAGCUCAGCUCAGCUAACCCUUUCACCACUCUCUCCCUCUCUCUCUCUCUCUCCUCUCUCUCCCGCAGAUUCUUUGACAGUUUCACUAAACCCCACCUCCACCCCCAGCUUCCCCCCCUUUCCUUCCUCUCCACACCCCCAUUGCUACCAUCCCACUUUCUCUCGUCCCUUCAUUGGUUCCUCCCACCUCGGAAACUAAAUAAGAAAACAAAAAAAACAAGAAAGAAAACCAGCAUCACCACCGGAUCACUGCCGGAGUCCUCCAUGGACCACCGGCAACAGCCACCCUCUUCUCCUCCACCUCCAGCCACCUUCCCCGGCUGAAUGCAAACCCCCUCCCCAUGUCAAAGCUACAUCAUCCCUGAGCUGAGCUAACAACCCUUCAUCAGCAAUUCGUACCGAUUUCUCUUCUUCUUUAGCACUUUCAAAAACCUUUGCACCACUUAAUUUACUCGGAAAAACAAAACCUUUAAAAAAAAAAAAAAACUACUACCAUUUUUCCCACAUAGUAAUACACGUUCAAAACACACACACACAGAGUUGGGAGUGGAAGCUGGAAAGCGAGAAAUAAUAUUAAUGGCUGCAGCAACCAACACUAACACGCAGGCAGCUCUGGAAUCAACAACAACAGCAACAGCAACGGCCACCUCGGCAUCCCUAUCAGCUGAUGAACUGACAGCCAAGGCAAUUCACAAGAGAUAUGAAGGUUUGGUGAUGGUACGGACGAAAGCUGUAAAGGGCAAAGGGGCUUGGUACUGGGCUCAUCUCGAACCUAUUUUGGUUCACAAUUCUGAUACUGGUUUGCCUAAGGCUGUCAAGCUCAGGUGUUCCCUCUGUGAAGCUGUUUUUUCCGCAUCCAACCCUUCAAGAACUGCCUCUGAGCAUCUCAAGAGGGGUACUUGUCCCAAUUUUAGUACUGCUGUCAAGUCCAUUUCUUCUAUGCCCUCCUCAUCCACUCCUACUGUCAAUUUCAUGUCCUCAUCGCCUCCUUCUUCCUCCCAAGUACAACAGCCACACCACAACCACCGCAAGCGUAGCGCUGGUGGAGGCCGUGGUGGUGCUGUAAAUAUUGGCUUGUCGCCGUCGAGCGCUACUCCUACCUCGAGCGCUUAUCAAGUUCCACCAUUGGCUAUUGUUGAUCCUUCGAGAUUUGCAGUCGAGUUGGCAUACCCGCCUAUAACUAGUACUGUUGUCGUCACUGCUGCUGCUGCUGCUGCUGCUGCUAGUAGUAGCGGCGGUGGUGGAGGUGCCAUGUUUGCUGCUGCUUCCCAACAACAACAUCAACAUCAGCAGCAUUUGAUGUUGUCAGGUGGGAAAGAGGAUUUGGGAGCAUUGGCCAGGUUGAAGGAUGAUGUGAAGAGGCUGAAGAGUCCUAAAACAUCGCAUGGUCCGGCAUUGAGCAAGAACCAAAUUGAUUCUGCACUUGACUAUCUUGCUGAUUGGGUGUAUGAGUGUUGUGGGACAGUGUCAUUUUCAAGUCUUGAGCAUCCUAAAUUUAAGGCAUUUCUUAACCAGGUUGGACUGCCUGCAAUUUCAGGGAGGGACUUUUCCGGGUCCAGAUUGGAUAACAAGUAUGAGGAAGCUAGGGCCGAGUCUGAGGCCAAAAUUAGGGAUGCCAUGUUUUUCCAGAUUGCUUCUGAUGGUUGGAAGUCGAGGAAUUAUGGGUAUGUGGGAGAGGAGAAUUUAGUGAAUUUGGCUGUCAAUCUUCCCAAUGGGACCAGUGUGUUUAGGAGGGCAGUGUUUACCAGUGGUUUUGUGCCCUCAAAGUAUGCAGAGGAAGUGUUAUGGGACACUGUCACAGAAAUUUGUGGGAACAACGUGCAACAAUGUGCGGGCAUUGUCGCUGACAAGUUUAAGGCCAAGGCAUUGAGAAAUUUGGAAAACCAAAAUCACUGGAUGGUAAAUCUUUCUUGUCAGUAUCAAGGGUUCUGUAGUUUGAUUAAGGACUUGAGCAAAGAGCUUCCGUUGUUCAAGAAUGUGACUGAGAAUUGUUUAAAACUUGCAAAUUUCGUCAAUAGUAAGUCUCAGAUAAGGAACAGCUUUCAUAAGUAUCAGUUGCAAGAGUAUGGACAUGCUGGAUUACUGAGAGUACCUUUGCGUGGCUUUGAGGGUUCGGAUUUUGGGCCUGUUUACACUAUGGUGGAGGAUAUUUUGAGUUAUGCACGGGCACUUCAGUUGGUAAUACAUGAUGAGUCGUAUAAGAUUGUUUCGAUGGAGGAACCAAUUGCUAGUGAUAUUGAAGAGAUGAUGAGGAAUCCGCACUUUUGGAAUGAAUUGGAAGCUGUACAUUCAUUAGUAAAACUGAUCAAGGUCAUGGCGCAGGAUAUUGAGACAGAGAAGCCAAGGGUUGGACAAUGCCUUCCUCUUUGGGAGGAACUUAAGUUGAAGGUCAAAGAAUGGUGUUCUAAGUUUCAUAUUGCUGAAGGGCUUGUGGAGAAAAUAAUUGAAAGGAGAUUUAAAAAGAACUAUCAUCCGGCCUGGGCUGCUGCAUUCAUUUUGGAUCCUCUGUAUUUGAUCAGGGACACUAGUGGGAAGUACUUGCCACCUUUCAAAUGCUUGACACCAGAGCAAGAGAAGGAUGUUGAUAAACUCAUUACCAGGCUUGUAUCUAGGGAGGAAGCUCACAUUGCAUUGAUGGAGCUCAUGAAAUGGAGAACAGAAGGACUUGAUUCUGUUUAUGCCCAAGCUGUACAGUUGAGACAGAAGGAUCCUAACACGGGGAAGAUGAAAAUUGCCAAUCCGCAAAGUAGUAGGCUUGUAUGGGAAACUUAUCUUACAGAGUUCAAGUCCUUGGGGAAAGUUGCAGUCAGACUGAUUUUCCUUCAUGCGACGUCCUGUGGGUUCAGAUGCAAUUGGUCUUUAUUGAAAUGGAUGAGUGCUCAUUCCCAUUCAAGGGUAGGCAUGGACAGGGCUCAGAAGUUGAUCUUCAUUGCAGCUCAUUCAAAGCUUGAGAGGCGGGAUUUUUCCAGUGAAGAAGAUAGGGAUGCAGAGCUCUUUGCUUUGGCUAACGAAGCAUUUGCUGGGGACAAUUUCAGACUAGAGAGACCGCCAUAGGAUGCUUGGUUGGUAGUGAAACGGUGAGAUCAUGAUUUAAAAGGAGAAUUUCACGUAGAGGAUCCAAGAAAGGGUAUGAUUUGAGUUUCACGGUGUUCUUGUAAAAAGGCCAGAGUGCACUGGAUCCAUAUGGUGGCAAAACAAAAAUUUGCAACUAGGGUCAACCUAUGGGACUUGCUAUUUCAUGAUUUCCUACGAACUUCCAGCUUUGACAAGGCUGGAGCCCAACAGGAAAAGCAGUGCAGUGGAGGUCGAUUUCCAAUUUUUGGUGGUUAUGGUCCUUAUGGGGAGAGAGAGAAAAAGGGCUCUUAAGUUAAAUCAUCUUUGGUUAACUUCUCUUUUAAACAUUUCAAAGCUUGUGAUGUUCAUGCAGAGUCAUCGGAUGAUGCUCCCCAUGAUUGCUGAAAAGGUUGCGAGAGGACCCAAAGCAGAAGAAGCUGUCGGCAUGAAGCAAUACGAAAGAUGCUUGACAGUGAUUUGGCAACAAAGGGUAACUAAUUUUGCUGGUUCCAGAUAGCUUUGAGAAACAAAGAAUCAUCAUUAUUUGGUAAUGGUAUUAUAAUUUUUAUCCACAUAUUUUCCUAUGUCAGUUCCCAUGAUAUGAUCAUCAUACAUCAUAAUGUUGUUAAAUUUCAAUCUUAUAGAUGACCAGCGUUUCAUCGUUCGUGUCAUCGUGAUGCCUUCUGUUUUGUUGUUGCAAUUUUAAUCUUAUAUAGAUGACCUGACUGGUGUUUCAUUUCAUUGUUGUUACAGAAGCCUGCUUUUGAUUAGUUUUAAACGAUGAAUUUGCAGGGAGAA